CGACAGCAGCAACAACGAAGGCAGCGAUGGGCGGCUGUGGGAGCAGACCAAGUGGCGAUGAUGAGGAUGCGUUGGGGUUGGACGUGGUGAUGGCUGCGGUGUGUGGGGAGGACAACGAAGAUGCACAGAAACCACGCAUCAUGACACAACGGCCGACGAUGGGCAAGCCGCUUUGCUCAACAGCAAAACCUGCUGGCGGUGAUUUGACGCUUCACACCGGCAGCUACAUGGAUCAAGGGUACAAGAUUCAGUGUUUGGUGGGCAAGCUGCAAGUUUCAAAAGACAACAACCAAGAGGCAUUGAAAGCCAUCGUGCAAAUGGCGCAAGUGCAGGAUACGCACGUCUUGAAACAGAUUGGCUUCUUCCCAUCAAACAAGGCACUCUUCGUUCUGUUUGAGAAUGGCGACAAGACCCUGCUGGAUUAUCUGAAGGAGAAAGGGGACAGCCUGUCGCUGAAGCAAAGGCUGAAGAUAUUGGCAGACAUAUCUGAUGGCAUGGCCGCCCUUGAUGACGCCGGAUUUGCGCACGGAAACCUCAGCUGUGCGACGUGUGUGGUUGAGACGAGUCCGCUUGCCUUCAAGGUUGGGCCGUGGGCCGGACGCUCGGUCCUCAACGCCAUUCGCACCGCGCCCGAACUCCUGCAGGACGGUGCUGACGACGCCGCCACCAGCCACGCAGAUGCAUGGGCGUUUGGGGUGCUGGUGCUCGAGGUGUUUGGCUGCGGCGUUCUGCCUGUUGAUGACCCCGACAAUGACGAGCUGUGGCGCGACAAGAUCACGGCAGGCGACGUCACCCUCCCGACAGAUGCGCUGCCAACCGCUGUUGCCGCUGUUGUUGAUGCGUGUUUCGCUGCGCCAGACAGCAGACCAGACUUUUUCUGGCUCCGGGCAGAGUUCCAGGACCAGUAUGAGCAGUGCACAUGACAGCGUUGCCUCUGUACGUGUGUGUGUGUCUGUGUGUGUGUGUCUGUCUGUGUGUGUCUGUGUAUGUGUGUCUGUGUGUCUGUGUGUGUAUGUCUGACGUUUGUGGAAUCGGGCCCUCUCCCUUGUUUUGUUCAGAAUUGCUUUUCAUCUCGUUACGUUACAAUUGCACGAGUUUCGCUUCCGUGACUUUCCCUUGCUUAGCGAUGUAUUGGCUGAGCGCGUGAACGUGCGCGUGCAUGUGUGCAUGUGUGUGUGGGUGUGAUAACAGUGAACAGUGAACGGUGAACAAUGGGA